UCUCUCUCUAUUUCACACUCCAACACAACAUUCAAUUCAUCUGGUAUCCGCAUCUUCAAGUUCACCUCCAAGUCAACCUCAAAGUUUCAAAAUUUGGUCCUCAAAUCUCCAAACCUCAUCUGCUCAUCUCCUACAUUGCAUUGGAGUUUUGUCUGAUAUCCCAAACUGGGUUUCCUCCAUUGAAUCUUGAUUUGGAACAUGGGUUGCUGUGGCAGCAAGACCAAACCCAAUCCAGGUCCUAAUAAUGGGUAUGUCUCCUCAUCCAUACCCAUCUCUCAUCACCACCCACAACAGCAACCCUUGUCUGUCUCAACCCAGCAACCUCACAAAGCUUCAGCUCCUCCAACCCAUAACCCACCUCCACCACCCCAACCCCAAUACCAACCACCACCACCAAAGCCACACCCACAGCCAGUGAAGCCAGCAGUGCCGCCAAACAGCAUUCUUGAGAAGCCCUUUGAUGACAUUAAGCAGUACUACACUCUGGGGAAAGAACUGGGCAGAGGCCAAUUUGGGAUCACGUACUUGUGCACAGAGAAGUCUACGGGUGACACUUAUGCCUGUAAGUCAAUCUUGAAGCGCAAACUGGUGAGUAAAAGUGACAGGGAUGAUAUCAAGAGGGAGAUACAGAUCAUGCAGCACAUGUCUGGGCAGCGCAACAUUGUGGACAUCAAGGGGGCUUAUGAGGACAGGUACUCUGUGCAUUUGGUGAUGGAGCUCUGUGCCGGAGGGGAGCUUUUCGAUAGGAUCAUAGCGCAGGGAGUGUAUUCGGAGAGAGCUGCCGCCGCGAUUGUGAGGGACAUUGUGAAUGUUGUGCACAGUUGUCAUGUUAUGGCUGUGAUGCACCGUGAUCUCAAGCCCGAGAAUUUCUUGCUGUCUAGUAAGGGGGAAGGGGCAAUGCUCAAGGUUACGGAUUUCGGGUUGUCUGUUUUUAUUGAGGAAGGGAAGGUAUACCGAGAUAUAGUAGGCAGUGCUUACUAUGUUGCUCCUGAAGUGUUACGGCGUAGUUAUGGAAAGGAGAUAGAUAUUUGGAGUGCUGGAGUAAUUCUGUAUAUUCUACUUAGUGGAGUACCUCCAUUUUGGGCUGAGACUGAGAGGGGCAUCUUUAAUGCAAUAUUGGAAGGUGUAGUUGACUUUGAAAGUCAACCAUGGCCGUCAAUAUCAGACGGUGCCAAGGACCUAGUUAGAAAGAUGCUGACACAGGACCCAAAAAAGAGAAUUACUUCACUGAAAGUUCUUGAGCAUCCCUGGCUCAGAGUAGGUGGAGAAGCAUCAGACAAGCCAAUAGAUAGUGCAGUUCUCUCUAGAAUGAAGCAGUUGAGAGCAAUGAAUAAGCUUAAGAAGCUUGCCUUGCAGGUAAUAGCGGAAAAUCUAUCUGAAGAAGAAAUUAAAGGUCUUAAGGCAAUGUUCACCAGUAUGGACACCGACAAAAGUGGUACAAUAACCUACGAAGAACUGAAGACAGGAUUAGCUCGUAUUGGGUCACGGCUAUCAGAAACCGAAGUCAGGCAACUUAUGGAUGCUGCUGACGUUGAUGGAAAUGGAUCAAUUGACUAUAUUGAAUUUAUAUCUGCUACUAUGCAUAGACAAAGACUAGAGAGAGAUGAACACCUGUACAAAGCAUUUCAGUAUUUUGACAAGGAUAGCAGUGGGUAUAUAACAAGAGAUGAAUUAGAGGCUGCUAUGAAGGAGCAUGGAAUGGGUGAUGAAAACACUAUCAAAGAAAUAAUUUCCGAGGUUGAUGCAGAUAAUGACGGGAGGAUCAACUACACGGAAUUCUGCACAAUGAUGAGAAGUGGAAAUCAACCCACAAGGCAGUCUUGAUUAUGCUCGUGUGUAUUUCAGAAUUUAAAAGCAGAAGUGAACUAUGAACUAUGAGCUGCUUUAGUGCCUUUACUGUGUUGGAAGGUAUCAGAGCAUGAUUACUGGGUAGUGUGAUGUAGACUAGGCUCUACUAUACUAGACCAUUGUGAAUCUUAGAUCCAAAAAUUGUGCAGUUUGGGAAUAUGAAGCAGAGUUUAGAACUUUUGA